AUGGUAGGUACUUCCGUACCAAAUCCUGUUCUGGAGAAGCACGAGUCAGCUUUAUUAAUACUCCUUGGUUUUGGUGGGUUUUCCAUCAUCCUUGCUCUGAUACACAACGCCAUCAGGAAACACAUAUUUCAUGAUGAAAAUAACCUUGACACGACGUUUGACGCCGGAGGUGACGUCAGCACGAGUUUGACGGCGGUAACAGUAGCGUCACAAUUGUUUUGGCCCGCCGACAUCCUUCAAAGUGCAACCAUAACAACAAAGAUUGGAAUAGCCGGGCCAUUUUGGUAUUCCGUCAGCGUCAUUCUCAACAUUUUCAUCUUUCCAAUCUUCUCUGUUCAUUUUAAAACACGAGCACCAGGGGCAAAAACCUACCUUCAGAUCAUUUACGCCAGAUUCGGUAAGAAGGCCCACAUAGUAUUCUGCUGUUUUGCGCUCCUCACGAAUAUGGUUAUUAUGACGGCUUUACUAUUGGCUGGAAAAUCAACCAUUCAAUCGUUGACAAAGAAUAUUUCUGAUGAAUUCACUCUUCUCAUGAUGGCGACGUUGUUUGGAUCCUACUCUCUGAUUGGUGGAAUCGGGACAACAUUUUAUGUGUCCUAUUUCAACGUCUGUCUUAUAUUCGUUUCAUUGACUGUUUUCUUUGUAAAUGUCUUACAUAAUAGUGACAGCGAUUAUGAUAAUAUUGGUGACGCUACCAGAAUGUUCAACGUAUUAUCGUGUGUAAAAGGACCAGAAGAAAACACUGGAAGUAGUUUUCUGACCUUCAGGUCUGGGGUUGGUAUACUUUAUGGUGUUAUAGGUUUCUUUGUGGCAUCUGCUGUCACCUACUGUGAUCAAGCUUCCUGGCAGAGUAGGAUCGCUGCCAAACCUAUGCAAGGCGUGUGGGGAUUCUUCCUGGCCGGGUUUAUGUGGCUGGCCAUUCCUUCUACCAUGGCUACAACUACAGGCAUGGCUUAUCUUGCAAUCAGCAGUGAAAAUAACACGCACCUGUUGACCUCAGACCUGAUUGAUCAAGGGCUGGUAACGCCGUUUAUCGCUGAGAAAAUCCUUGGACCAACGGGAGGAAUUUUAACACUUACUAUACUGUCCAUGGCAUUGAUGUCGACCGGGUCAGGAGAGGUGAUGGCCAUCUCGUCCAUCAUCGUUUAUGACAUCUUCCAGACCUACAUUCGUCCAUUUCGCCAUAAUCUGAAGAACGCGUACUGCAUCCUGUGCGGUAAAAGGAUACCAGCUCCGGACUUGGACAGCCCCGCCCCAAAGGAGCAGGACACUCCUACAUCAAAUACUUCAAUGUGUGCUUGUAAAGCUGUCUCGGACUGUCAGCAAUGUGCUGAGGAUUUGUGUAGACGUGCUCUAAAGAAAACACAUGGCGUUCAGUCACCGUACAUGUGUACUGUUCACGGUCCCUACCGCACGUACCAGAGGUAUCUGAUUGACUUUAAGAACUGGUGUAUCGUAUGGGUGACUAUAUGUAUCAUUCCCUACGGUUUGACUGUAUUCGCCAUAGGUAUAGAUCUAAACUGGAUAUUCUACGUGGGAGCCAUAGUUACGAUACCAUGUUUUCCGGCUGUCAUUUUGUCCAUUGUAUGGGUUAAAGCUACCUCUCAAGGACUUAUAACAGGGGGAAUAACCGGUUUGUUAAUCGGUGUUGCCGUCAUGCUUGGUGUUGCAUCAACGUACGAGGGAGGCUUGAGCAAAUUUCUUUUGAAUACGUCACAAGAUUACUCUAUUUUGGCGGGAACAUGUUGCAGUUUCGGUGUUAGUUUGAUCACGUGUAUGAUUGUAUCCGCUUUUACUCAUGAAAUUAAGACUGAUGCUGAUGCUGAUGCUGAAUGGAAAAAAAUGUACGACAUUGAUAACCCUCUCCAUCCGUGGGAGUUGCAUUUGCGUGAAGAGCUCAAGCAACAGGUGUACAACAAAAAGCCAUCAUAUGGACAAAUAGCAGCUGCAUUUAGGCAUGCCAAAUUCACUGCUUACAUAGGAGGGAGUAUUUGUGUCAUUCUAGUCACUUUUAUCAUUCCCGGUAUCAUGGCAACAUUCCCCGUCCUGAACGCGACUCAGUUUGAUGUUUGGGUCGGAUUAACGCAGGGCUGGGCAAUAAUCAUGGGGAUCGUGGCUAUUAUAGCGCCCCCUGUAGAAGAAAUAUUAAAGAUUCGUAAACAGUAUCUUCAAAACAAAAAAGAUGUCAUUAAUUAUAGCCUGUGA